CCCGGCGCAGGGUGGGGCUGUUCCUCUUCCCCGUGUGGGGAACUGAGCCCCCCCACCCUGAGCAGCCCCGGAGCCGAUCUGUCCCCCUGACCCCUCGGAUCCCCCUCCGUGUCCCCUUGUUGUCCCUGUGUCACCCCUCUCCCCCCCCGUGUCCCUUUGCCCUGGGCACGGCGGGCAAAGGACAGUGUCCAGCACUCCUCGCCUUUGUCCUGGGCUGGCUGUGCCGCUCGGGGGCUCCCAGUGAGUGUUGGGGUCUCGGGGUGGGAGGGACACGGCCCCGGCUCCUUCUGUCCUUCCCGUCUGUCCCCCCCAGCCCAUGUAUCCCCCACGGGUGUCCAGCUAAAUACCCUCCCCAGCCGGGAGCAGGGGAUGAAUCCCUUGGGAUCCAUCAAGGGUCACAGGGGACCCCCCCACGUCACAGGGGACCCCUGGGUGGGAGCGGCACCGGCACAGCCCUGACCCCCCCGUGCCACCUCAGGGAUGGGUCCCCAUCCCCAUGGCACUGCCCUGCUCCCCUGUGCCGUCCCACAAAUGAGUCUGCAGGUACCCUGGGGGUCCCUGUGGAGAUGGGCACUGCCCUGGGAGGUGGGCACUGACCCACUCCCUGCUCCACCCUCGUGCUGGGACCUGGGGGUACCCUGAGGGUCCCUGUGGAGCUGGGUACUGUCCUGACCCCCCCUGUGCCAUCCUGACCCUGGGAUCUCUGUUACCCCAUCCCUGUCCCGACCCCACAGGUGCCCCCAUUGCUGUCCCAUCCCUGUCCCAUCCCUGACCCCACAGGUGCCCCCAUUGCUGUCCCAUCGCUGUGCCAUCGCUGUGCCAUCCCCGUGCCCUGCUGACGCUGCCGUGCCCCCGCAGGUGCCCAUGGCGUCGUUCCGGAUCCGGCCGUUCCGGGAGCAGGACUCGGAGGCGGUGCGGGCGCUGUUUGCGCGGGGGAUCCUGGAGCACGCCCCGGCCGGGUUCCGCCACGUGCUGCGCUCGGCGCGGGCGCGGCUGGCGCUGCUGGUGCUGUUCGUGGGGGCGCGGGCGGGCGGCGGCUCCUGGGUGCUGGGGCUGGGCACGGUGGGGCUGGCGCUGGUGCUGCUCUGGCUGCUCGUGCGCUCCCUCAGCGCCGAAUACGUGCGCGACGCGCUGGGCACUGACCUGUGCGACAUCCCCGGCACGUACCUGCGGCCGCCCCGCUGCGGCUUCUGGGUGGCCGAGGCGGGCGGCUCCGUGGUGGGUAUGGUGGCCGCGGUGCCGUCGCGGGACACGCCCGGGGCGCUGGAGCUGCGGCGGAUGUCGGUGAGCCGGGAGCAGCGCGGCCGGGGCCUGGCGCGGGCGCUGUGCCGGGAGGUGCUGGCCUUCGCCCGCGCCCGCGGCUUCGGCGCCGUGGUGCUCUCCACCUCCAUGGUGCAGGUGGCGGCGCAGCGGCUCUACGAGGGGCAGGGCUUCCGCAGGGUGGGCACCUCCAGCCCCAACCUGCUGGGCACCAUCCUGCACUUCCAGCUCUUCCACUACCGCUGCGACCUGGGCGCCCGCGACGGCGACAAGGCCAAGUAGCUCCGGUGGGGCACAGGGGGCACUGCCGCGGCGCGGGAGUCCUGGGACGUGUGGCACUGCCCUGGCACCCAAACCCAGCCCACCAGGCACUGCCCUGGCACAGCAGCACCAAAACGGCACCAUGACCCUGGCACGUGUGGCACUGCCACGGCAGCUCAGCCCCAAAUCUGGCACACGAGGCACCCACAUGGCCCCAUGAUCCUGGGACGUGUGGCACUGCCACGGCAGCCCAGCCCCAAAUCUGGCACACGAGGCACCCACAUGGCCCCAUGAUCCUGGGACGUGUGGCACUGCCCUGGCACCCAAACUCCAGCCCCAGCACGUGAGGCACAGCCAUGGCACCCGAGCCCAGGACGUGGGGCUCCACCACGGCACUACCAGAGCACCCCAAACUUGGCACACGAGGCACUUCCAUAGCACCUCAAAUCUGGCACACGAGGCACUGCCACGGCACCCCAACUCCGGGACAUGAGGCUCCACUGUGGCACCACCACAGCACCCCAAACUCAGGACACAAGGCACUGCCAUGGCACCCCAGCCCCAGCACAGCAGCACCAACAUGGCACUGUGCCCCCAGGAGAUGAGGCCCUGCCAUGGCACCCCAACCCUGGCCCCUGUGGCACCACUGUGGCACCCGAACUGCAGCUCCAGCACAGCAGCACCGGCCGUGCCGUCACUGUGACCCCGGGACAUGAGGCACUGUCAUGGCACCCCAGCAUGGGACUCACAGCACUGCCAUGGCACCUGACCCCGGCACAGGAGGCACCACCAGGCGCCCAAACACCGGCCCUGGCACAGGAGACACUGCCACAGCACCCCAGCCCUGGCACCCUUGGCAUAGCUCUGGCAUCCCCUCUGGCAUCCGACCUUGGCACUCCAGCCCCCGUCCCUGGCACACGGGGCACUGCCCUGGCUCCCUGCCCUGGCACACAUGUGGGGUGGCUGGGGGGCGUUGGCAGUGCCCAGACACGCCACCAGGGCCUUUCCUGGAUUUCCAGUAGCAGGAAAUAAAGAGAGACCUGUGGGAACAGCA